AUAAAAUAAAAAUGGUAUCCAUUUUCAUAGUCGCAUAGACUUUUGCUCCCAGUGGGUAUAGUUUCGAAGGCUCAUGAUCAAUGGCGGACGCAUACUUCUUUCUUUUCUUUCUUUUCUUUCUCCUUCCUCUGCUUCUUCUGGUCGUGCUCUAUUUCCUGGUUAAACCGCGACCGGUGAAGAUCCCUCUCAAGAAUCGGCACGUGUUUAUCACGGGCGGAUCCAGCGGCAUCGGGCUGGCUCUGGCACACCGCGCGGCGGCGGAGGGCGCGCGUGUGUCGAUAUUGGCGCGGUCGUUGGGGAAGCUGGAGGAGGCGCGAAAUGCGAUCCGGCUGGCGACUGGGAUCGAGGUGGCGGUAUUCGCGGCAGACGUGCGGGACUUCGAGGCGGUGAAGCGCGCGGUGGACGAGGCAGGGCCAAUCGACUUGCUGUUGCUGAACCACGGCGUGUUCGUAGCGCUGGAGUUGGAGAAGAUGGAAUUGAGUGAGAUAAAGUUCACCAUGGACGUCAAUCUCAUGGGAACGUUGAACCUCAUCAAGGCCGCGCUUCCCGCGAUGAAAAACCGGAAGGACCCGCUGCCCGCUUCCAUUGCCCUUGUUUCCUCACAGGCCGGUCAGAAAACAGGAGAAAACCUGACUCACCAAAAGCAUUGCAGCUCUCACUGUUGUAUGACAGCUGCAAAAGUUGCCUCAAAAAGCUUUGGAUGGUUAAAAAGUGGCAAGCUUUAUGUUUUCUUGCAAUAUGGAGGGAAUUGCGCUAGCCCUAAGCACUGCAGGUUUUCCCCUCAGAGGUCUUUUUUUGAUGGGCCUUUUUGAGGUUGUUGCUGCUGGAAUUCUAACGGAUUGUUUGCACUAAUGCAUGCAGCUGUACUUGGUAUGGAUAUAGAGAAAUAUCACCCAGCCAGAGAAGGGUAAGUGCUGCACAAAGGGAUAUUGAAAAAUUAUUUCUUAGUUUUUGUUAAUUUAAUUCCUGUCUGUCCAAUCAUCAAAAGAAUAGUAAUGCUUUACUUAUUCUAUCUAUUGCCUUCUAUACUUUACCCGCUCUUCAACUUCGUUUCUAGAGUUAGAAAGUUAUUGGACCCUUAGAUCUGAUUGGCUCCCAAUUUUGACCAGUUAUCCGGCAUCUCCGUUAAUUUGUGUCGGCAUGGCAUCAGUUAGUUGGUGCUGUAAUAGCAUAUGGUGAGUUGAUGUGAAGAUGAUUUUGCUUGCAUGUAUCGUAAGGUGACCAAAUCAACCCAUUUAGAAACUUUAAGCAACAAGAUGGAGAAUGGGGGAAAUGUACAAAUUUGACUAAACUUGUCCUGGUUUUCAAAGUAAAAGUUAGUACUCAUCUGUGUCUUCGUAAUAUAAAUUAAAUAAUUUUUUUUAUGAAAGAUAAAAAUCACAAUAAAGAAAACAUGGCAUUAUGAAGAAUUGAAUGUUAAAAUAGUGCACAUUUUCUAUUAAAAUCUGGAUAAAUUCAGACAAUUCUCAUGAACAUGUAGUUAUUUGUCAUCUCUAAAAGGAUCUAAUUCACAAUUGGUGAGACUCUUCGAAUAUGGUUACUUAGAGUUUGCCUGGGAAAUUAGUCAUUCAUUAAAGUUUUGCAAUUUGCAUGAAACAUCUCCUGUUACGCUCCUGGGCUUUAGAAGUCAUACUGUUAUAUUUGGGCAGUCUUUCCAAAGUUAAUUUACAAGAGUGCUUUUAUGAUUUUUUUUUUCUUUGGUUAAA